AUGGGCGCACUAUCCCUCGUCAAUAAGAUCCACAGCGUCCCAGACUUUAGCUCUGUACACGACUCACUCCGGAUAGCAAGAACCGAAUCGAAGAUCGCGGCGGAUAGCACGAUGCAGGCUCUCGACGACAUCAAGAAGGAACUCAAACAGUCUGCGGAAUCGGGCCAGCAAAUAUCGGAAGGAAUUUGGAAGAGUCACGAAGCACAGAAUGAGACGAAGGUGGCAGCACCACCCGCGCAAGUGCUCCGUGAGAUCGGGGUGAAUGUUCGGAACCCGCUCACCAUAGCGAGCCUACGGGCAAUGAACCCCCGUAGUUUGAAAGUGUUGGCUUGCGGCGACUUGAGCAUCAAGACGGCUUCGGCCGGUGACAUGGAGGUACUCCGACAGUUCGCUGAGGACGGGGAACACCGGCUCGGGAACGGAGCCACUGUCCGCACCCCUACGUACGGUGUUCUCUUUCAUGGCAUCCGCACCAGUUCAAUGGAUGUGAGCCAAAUCGAAGACAUCAGAGACAGCAUUCUACAGGAAAACAGACCGUUUAUCCCCGGUGCCGGGAUAAAAUACAUUGGCUGGCUUACGAGGACGUCUGCUGCAAAGACUUCUUCAUCAAUCAUUAUUGAGUUCACGAGACAUCAAGACGCUAACAAAAUUAUCGACGAAGGUCUGAUCUGGCAGGGAGAGGUCUUCAGUGCGAGCUGUAUGACAGGUCGUGCCGACUGA